CGGCCCCCCGGCCCAUCCCACCGACACACACCGAGCUCCGCCGCUGGCCACGUCUCAAAACCUCCGCACUUUCCUCCUGUGCGUGUCGGAGCAGCAGCUGCGGACCGAGCGGGGAGGAGGAGCACAGCCGAGGGUCGAGGGCUGUUAGCGGGGAGCGGAGCGCGGAGGCACCGGGGCGCGGAGGCACCGGGGCCCGUCGCCAGGCAGCAGCUGCACCGUCAACACAGCUGGACGAGAGGCACCGGAGCCGGGGAUCCGUGGAGAGAAGGACCGAGGGAAAGUGCCGGAGGACGGACUGAAGACAGAGGGAGCCCCUCUCUCCUCCUCCCCGCGGACAGGAAGCCCCUGUCUCUCGUCCUCAGCCGACGAGGCAACGCGCUGCUCCACAGACGACGAGAAGCACCUGAUAGCGACAGGGACCCGCAGCCAUCAUGCCCCGCUGCAAAGUCAGCCUCAGCACCAUGAUUUUCCUGGUGAUCCUGCAGGGGGCAGCGGUGGUGCUGUUUUGCGGCUGGUACGUCCAGCUCAGUCACUGCGGCGCCCAAGACCCCAACAAAAAAGUUCACGUUCUGCUGCUGUCGUCCUGGCGAUCAGGCUCGUCCUUCCUCGGCCAGGUGUUCAGUCAGCACCCGUCUGUCUUCUACCUCAUGGAGCCGUCUUGGCACGUGUGGUCCAAACUGCAAAAAUCGGGGGCGCGGACACUCCGGAUGGCCGUGAGGGAUCUGUUUCGCAGUGUAUUUCAGUGCGACUUCUCAGUGAUGGAGGCUUAUCUUCCGGAGCAGUGCAAUGUUUCCUCCUUGUUCAUGUGGAGUCACAGUCGAGCGCUGUGCUCGCUACCGGCCUGUCCUCUCACGAAACGCACCGAGUUCAGCAACCAGACGCAGUGCUCACAGACGUGUGAUGCCAGGGGCCUGCAGGGGGCGCAGGACGCCUGUGGCACUUACAGCCAUGUGGUGUUAAAAGAAGUGCGUUUUUUUGAGCUGGAAUCCCUCUACCCACUUCUGCAGGACCCAAACUUAGAUCUCCGCAUCAUCCACCUGGUCCGAGAUCCACGGGCUGUGGUGCGCUCCAGAGAGGCUUCGUCCAAAGCCUUCGUGAGCGAUAACGCCAUCGUCUUGGAGCAAAGAAACAUACCAGCGGCUGAGGUGCAGUAUCAAGUCAUACAGGAGAUCUGUCGUAGUCACGUGCGCAUCAAUGAGAGGGCCACCCUGAAGCCCCCCCCAUUUCUGAAAGGCCGCUACAAAAUGGUGCGAUACGAGGACGUGGCACGCAACCCGCUGGAGGAAAUAAGUGCCUUGUACGACUUCAUAGGUCUGGACAUGACCAAGCAGCUCGAGGAGUGGAUCUACAGCGUGACCCACGGAAUAGGAAAAGGCUCCAAGAAAGAUGCCUUUAAAAUCACGUCACGAAACGCCGCUGACAUCUCCCAGGCUUGGCGAACCAUGCUGCCUUACAGCAAGGUCAAACGCGUCCAGGAAGUGUGUAAAGGGGCCAUGUCGUUGCUCGGGUAUCGGACAGUCGACAGUGAGAAAGAACAAAAGCGACUCGACAUAAAUCUGCUGGUGCCACAGGAACCGUAUCAGUUCAGCUGGUUACCAGCGAAAACAGAGCGUCCGAGCGACAGUUAGAAAACGAGGGGAACCAGGACUGAGGUCGACAGACUGUACAGACGUUCGUGACUGCACGAGUCAACACACGUGAUGUUCAAGGUUAAAGCCUUGGUUUGUGAUCAACUGACGCUAUGAGGGGAUUCAGCACAACAGCAUCGUGUGACAUUACAUUUUAUAAAGAACUAAAAACAGAGGGGCUGAUUCAAGGGUUAGAAAAUACUCGAUCCUGCAAAUGUGGAACUAGAGCUGAAAACCACAGAAGAUGGCUGACGUUUGUUUUUUCUCUGAGGUGUUUAUAAAAACUCACCAUCAUCUGCAGUCAUGUGAAGAAGCAAUUAAACUUCUGAGAUCAGGCUUCGUCCACACUAAUACGUUUUAAAACAAAAAGCAUCUCCGCUCCAACAAGUGUUUCAGCUCCGUAUCUAGAAUAAUCUCCGUCCUCCUGUCAACACGUGUCACUCAAACUCACUUUAAUCAACCUGAUGAUUCAAAAGUAAAGAACUUUCAUAAUGUUGCUUUAAAGCUGCACAGAUGAAAACCAGCUCUUCUUUUCAACCUGAUUCACAAGUGAGUCUCCAGCUGUAACUUCAGAAUGAAGAAGUUUCCUUUUUUCCACAAACUCAUUUGACGGUUCAGAUGAAUCAUGAUUCUAACAAAGUGUUACUCAUCGUGUCUCCGAGCAGGAGGUUUAUCUGGUUUCACUUUGCUAUGAAAACAUGAUCAGUGUCUAUGUUCAGUUUAAUUCCAGCUGAUUAACUGGGACUGUGCUUCCAGGAGCUCCGCCUCUCUUUAUUUAUAUUACUUACAUUGUUCUUUUUUUAAUGAUUGAUUGGUUAACACCUCCCUACACUGAUCACCCUAUGUAUCUGGUGUUCUGAGUAGAGUUGUGCUUGCAAAUGAUUGAAGAGGAAACCUGAAAGUUAAAUCAUUGAUUUACAUGUUCUGAGCUGACUCAAAGAUGAACUCGUGUUAUUAGUUGGUGUUUAGAUUCUCUGGGAGCUUUCUCUUCUUAUAAAUAUCACAUGUCAGAAUCGUUUUAAUGUUCUGAUUCAAACCCUAACUACGCUCCCCUGGUAAACACACGUCUGUAUCUACUGAAGCUGUCAAGGAUUUACCAUGAAGUCUUUGUGUUAGUGAACAAUACUUUUGAAACUUAAAGUUGCACUUAUCUAUAUUUUCAUAUCGAAUGGGAUCAUUAUGAGUUGGUAUAGUGUAUUUUCCUGACCUGCAGCUUCAGUGUUGUGGUUCAGUCUCGACCUCGUCAGUGUCGUCACCUGCUUCACUCGACUGGUUUGUUCCUCAGGAGGAAGAGGAGAAGAAAUCUGGACUGAGAGGAGACUGAAUGUUAAACUCAAAUUAACAAGUGGACAGAAACAUGACUCCACACUAAAGUGCAGGCGGCUGAUCGGCUACAUGAGGUGACAAUAAGUUAAUACAUGUGUUAGAAGUUGUUACGACUGGUAACACAAAAAAAACAACGAAAGCAAAAUCAAGGUGUUAAAGGUUCAGUGUGUAGAAUAUAGUGACAUCUAGUGGUGAAGUGUCAUGUUGCAGCUGAACACCCCU